CACGAUACUCUGAAGAGAACCACAACAAAGUUAAAGUCAUAAGUGCCUUAAGUGGAGACAUAAUGUUGUAUCGAGUCGCCUUCGUGUUUUUGGCAAUGGUUUGCCAACUUGACACGCUCAACGCCAGGCAAUUGGUGAACUACAACGAGGAUGACGUAGCGCCCACCAUGAUGGAAAUACUGAUGCAAGUGAACAAAUUACAAGAGAAAAUUGCAUUGCUUUUCCGUCAGAUUAUGAGUCCGCAAGUCGAUCAAACUGGUGAUGAAUACGGCGAUGACAUGUUGGAGCCGCCACUUAUAAAAGACUACUCCGGAAUAAGCAGGGUACAAGGUGUCCUCCGAGAGGAACUUCUGGAACAACUCCAGAACAAAUACAGCUUGGGAGAGGGACAGUCUGAUAAUCAAGGGGCUUAUGCAGAAGACCAAUACAGAGACGGUGAAAUAAAUACAGCCAAGCGGUCUGAAGAAGGAAGAAGAUCGCGAAUAGCUCGAUUACUCCGUCAUAUACUUGAAGAUGCACAGCAACAGGCUGAAGUACAGGGACUACGUGCGGGGAGAUAG